AGAGUAAUUAUGCGACAGCGAUGGUUUAGAUUGUUCUGUUCUCUUUCUUUGCUGCAUUAUUGGCUGAAAUGGCGCAUUUUAGUCAAAACCACAUGAUGAGUGGCACACUUAUCUGCAGUGGGAUGCAACAAGAAAGCGAGAAACAGCRAUCUUUGCCAGCGAAACUAAGACGAAUUUCAAGACCAAACACCAARGAUGAAACUCGAUUGAUGCAGCAACAAAGACGACGACGUAAACGUCAGCGUGAAAGAAGGCUUUCGCAUGGAAAGAAGGCUGAAACUGCUGAUAAACUGGCUGCACAGAAAGCCCAAAUUGAAAGCGAUUUGUUUAGAAGGGAGCUGGAAAAGCAAAGACUUUAUGCUAAAAAGCAAAGGAAACGAGCCGUGUACUUUUGGAAAAAAUGGCGGGAAAUGAAAGAAUUCAGCCUCAAUCAAGACUCUCCACAGCUACAUCAGAUAAAAAGAGAAAAUUUUACAAGGAUUUCCAAUAGCGACAAUCAAGUUCUCGGCAAGGGAAGAUUUUGUUAUUGCAAGAAAAUGAAGUUUCGGGGACAAGCUGUUGCAGUAAAAUUUUUUGAACAUUCUACAGUCGAGGCCGUACGGAGAGAAGCCAUAUGUAUCAAUGCUAUUGAUCAUCCAG